AACAUUGUCAUUCGUUCGCGAGCAAGCAGCGGAUUUGGUUAGAUCCACUCGGUCAAAAUUGAAUAUUUUCAUAAAUUACAAAACACCAAGAAAUUUGCUUAAAUUAAAUAAGUAUUAAACAACACUUAAGCUUCGAAAUUUGUACUGCAACAAACAUAAAUUAAAAAAAUCUGCAACUCAAGAUGUCUGAUUUCAACUUGAACAGCCUGGAAGAGUGCCUGGAGAAACACAUACCGCAAAAUGAGCUGAAGGAAGUGAAGCGUAUUUUGUACGGCGUCCCCGAACAUGAUGUCUUGGAACUGCCAGCGUCUGCGACCGCCUUAGCUGCUGACAAUGACUUUGAGAUCCAGGGCUAUCGCAUUUCAGCACAGAAAGAGCACAUACGAAAGCCCCGCAUCGUGCGAGUCGGCGCUAUACAGAACUCUAUUGUACUGCCCACCACCGCUCCAGUGGACAAACAACGCGAAGCCAUCUGGAAUAAAAUACAGAUUAUAAUCAAAGCUGCUGCGGCGGCGGAAGUUAAUAUUAUAUGCAUGCAGGAGGCGUGGACAAUGCCAUUUGCCUUUUGCACACGCGAAAAGUUUCCAUGGUGCGAGUUCGCCGAAGAGGCUGAGAACGGUCCGACAACAAAAAUGCUGCAAGACCUCGCCAAAGCCUACAAUAUGGUCAUCUUGUCGUCAGUGCUCGAGCGUGAUACGGCGCAUGGCGACACCAUCUGGAAUACAACGGUCGUGAUAUCCAAUCGUGGACGUUACCUCGGCAAACAUCGUAAAAAUCACAUUCCACGUGUUGGUGACUUCAACGAAUCCACUUACUAUAUGGAAGGUAACACCGGUCAUCCAGUAUUCGAGACAGACUUUGGCAAGAUAGCUAUAAAUAUCUGCUAUGGACGCCAUCAUCCACAAAACUGGAUGAUGUUCGGUUUGAACGGUGCCGAAAUUGUAUUUAAUCCAUCGGCCACCGUGGGUGCACUGAGCGAACCACUCUGGGGAAUUGAAGCGCGGAAUGCAGCUAUCGCAAAUAGUUAUUUCACAGUCGCAAUAAAUCGUGUGGGUAGCGAGGAGUUUCCCAAUGAAUAUACUUCCGGCGAUGGCAAGAAGGCGCAUAAAGUUUUCGGACCCUUUUACGGUUCGUCUUAUGUAGCGGCACCGAAUGGUGCACGAACCCCGGGCUUAUCACGGCAUCGUGAUGGCCUACUUGUGACCGAGCUAGAUUUGAAUUUGUGCAGACAGGUGAAAGAUUUCUGGAACUUCCCAAUGACACAGCGUCUACCGUUGUAUGCUGAAUCUUUUAAACGAGCCUCUGAACUUGAUUUCAAGCCCCAAGUGAUAAGGGAGUAACAGAAGAAGGCAGCAUGUGAUUAACUAAUAUGUGUUCCUUAUAAAAUAAAUAUACUUUUGUAAUAAAAACCGA